AUGUCCUACGAGGACAAGGUUAAACAGCUCUUCCGCCUCCAGGCCGACAUGGUCGCCCCCAUUUGGCCAAUGGCCCAUGACAUCGACAACAACCCCUCGGAGACCAUGGACUUCCUCUAUGGGCGCAAGGCCAAUGUUUACGACGCCAUGAAGCGUUUGUUCAACCAGGUUCUCGCUGACGAGGCCGAGGCUGCGGCUGAGGAUGACGCGGCCAACACCAAGACUUUCGCCGAGGCCAGUCUCGACACCAAGGCGUUUGUCAACAAGCUCCAGAACGACUUCGCUUCUCACAAGUCUGCCUGUAAGCCCAAGCCAGGAGUUUCGCCUGAGGGCUGCGGGUUUGUGUCCAACGACAUGGAGCCCGCUGCGAUCUGGGCUGCCCUCAGCAGCCUCAAGCCCGAGUCGCUCAAGAGGGCCCUCGCUCUCGGCGGCAUUGCGACGGGGUCGGCUGUCGUCGCGACUGCCGACGACACUUUUACGGUCGCCCAGAAGGCUGAGGCUCAGGUGCCCAACAAGGCCCCCGUCGACGGCAAGGCUCUCGUCGCCGGCAAGGCUUCUGUUGACGACAAGCCUCGCAUGGACCUCAAGGUCUACGUCGACGGCAAGCUUAUCGACCCCGAGAGGGUUCGGGUCGAGCUCAAGCUUUUCGUCGACGACAAGGCCCCCGUCGAGGUCAAGGCCCCCGUCGAGGCCAACGUCCCCGUCAGCGCCAAGGGCCUCGUUGACGACACCGACGUCGCUGUUGAUGGCAAGACUGCUGUCGACGACAACAAGCUCCCCGUCGACCACAAGGUCGCCACCGACGACAAGCCGUCCCUCCACCACGAGGUCCCCUCCGACGACAAGGCUCGCGUCGCCAAGCCCACCCCCGUUAACACCGCUCCUCCAGCGGUCGACACCAAGUCCCCCGUCGACGUCCAGAUCCCCGUCGACACCAAGAUCCCCACCCACGCCGACGCCUCCGUCAGCGCCGAGGUACCCGUUGAGGCCGAGGUCGCCGUUGAGGCCGAGGUCGCCGUUGAGGCCGAGGUCGCCGUUGAGGCCGAGGUCGCCGUUGAGGCCGAGGUCGCCGUUGAGGCCGAGGUCGCCGUUGAGGCCGAGGUCCCUGUUGAGGCCGAGGUCCCGGUUGAUGGCAAGACUGGCGCCGACGACAACAAGCCCCCCGCCGACCACCAGGUCGCCACCGACGAGCAGCCGUCCCUCGGCCCCAAGGUUCCCGCCGACGACAAGACUCGCGUCGAAAAGCUCGCCCCCGUUGACACCGCUACUCCCGUCGUCAACACUGAACCAGCCGUUCCCGUCUCCACAGUUGCCGAGACUGCGAACGGUCCCAAGACCCCCGCCGGCAUUCCUCCCGCCCCAAAGGCUACCGGCACCAACACCAUCCGGUCAAACAUUCGUGUUCAAAGCCAGAGGAACAAGGCCCUCAGCAAGCCAUACGGCCGGCAGAACAAGCCCUCCCGUUCGAUCCCCCCCAAGACCCCUGACAUGGCCGAAAUGAACGCAUUCGCCGACGUCACCGACACUGCCACGGUCAUCGAGGUCGACAACACCAUUCGUGUUGUCACGGAGUGCGUGGCCUUCCUCCCUGUCAUCAAGGAGGCAAGCGUCGCCGAAGCCGAGCCUCUUGUCAACUCCGCUGUCGUCAUGGAGGUUCCAGUCGCGGCCAGUGGUACCCAGGCCACUCUAGUCGCCGAGGCGUCUACUAUCGCCCGUCCUGCUCCCGUCGCCGAGUUGACCGCCGUCGCCGAGUUGACCGCCGUCAUCGAGUCAACCGCCGUCACCGCCGUCACCGAGUCCACCCUCGACGCCGAGUCCACCCCCGUCGCCGAGUCCAUCCCCGCAGCCGAGUCCACCCCCGCAGCCGAGUCCACCCCCGCAGCCGAGUCCAUCCCCGUCACCAACUCUAACGCCGUUGCCGAGUCCAGCGCCGUCACCGAGCCUAACGCCUCCGCCGAGGCCGCGGCCAACAUCAACGCGACCCCAGCCUCCGUCGACCCUGCGCCUGUCACUGCAUCAACGUGCUCGUCGUCGUCGCAGGUGACCAAGAGCAAGCUCACGCCUUUGUUUGCGGUUCCCUUUGCGUCUUUGGUCGAAUCCUUCCCCGAGCAGGCGACACCGAACCACGACCAGGACGAGGCGGUCAUCCAGUCCGCUGCAGCAACGUCUGACCAGGUCGAGGUAGUCGCCGGUGCCUCGCUCGUUAAGCAGGAGCGAAUCAUGCCAGGUGCCUACACCCCCGAGGAGAGCGCCAAGGAGGACAUCACAGAGUACUCGGCAGCGCCUGUCAUCAUCGACAUACAGGAGCCAGCCAUGCCUGGUGGCUACAACCCCACGGUCUCCACCAACGAUGACAAGGCUGGGCUCUCGACCGUGGCUGCUUCCCUUGGCACCGCCGCGCAGGAGACAAUCUCUGGUGGUGAGAACGCCACCGAGGUGGCGCCUCAGCAUUCGGCGCCGUCUAGCACCAGCGCGCCGGACGUGAUCCUGAGUCCGGAUUGGAUCGAAUGGGCUUGGAAGACCGUUGCGGCCCUGGUCAAUGAGGGGCAGGACAUCUAUGUUCUGUGGUUUGUCUUGUUUUGGGACGUGAGUUGUAACCCAGCCUCGGGCGUACACGACGAUGAGCUCACAUGUCAUCAGGAUCUGGACACCUCUAGGCUCAAGGUUUGGACCUUCCCCGACAUGGUGAAUCCCCCAGACCUAAUGUCGCUCAAUAUUGCACGGGAUCUUCGCAUGUCAAUCUCGGGCCCGAUCUACGAGAUGGGCGACUCUGCUUUCGCCGUUCGUGUUGAGAUGGAGCUGAAGACGGCACUCUCAAGCGUGAGUUGUCUCGAUUUACAUCCUCGGUGCUUCGCUGACUUGGCCCAGUGGCUCUGGCCUCACCAAGGUGCAACUCAUGCCGAGGCCGCGUCAUCGCUGAAUGGGGCGGCCGUCGACGCGGAAACCUCAACCCGCCAGAUUCGCCCCCUUCGCAAGUCACGAAGGAGGCCUGAGAUCACUCCUGAAGAGAAGAAGGAGGCUGCUGCCAUCGCCACGUCGGACGGUUUUUUCCCCAAGGGCGGCCAGGAAGCCCAACUCGGCAGUUCCACCGCCGGUAACGGAGCGGACACGCCCAGCGCCGUCUCGCCGCCUGCCAACCCUGCCGAGGUCGACCAGUCACGGUUUCCGACACCAGUCACCGGAACUGCGACCUCCCCAACUCCAGCACCCCAAUCUGGAUUCGGCGGCUCAGCCCCCAGCUCCUUCUCCCACGGCGGAGAUGGAGGUGACCCCCAAGACGGCUCCCAGCACGUUGGGGUGGCUGACUCCGGGUCUGGCCUUCGUGUUGGACAGGAUGAUGGUGUGAGCGCGGUGCCGCCAGCGCCAACGCCCGCGUUCGCCUCAGGCGCCAGCACCGUCGUUGGACAGGACGAUGGCGGGAGCGUGGUGCCGCCAGCACCAACGCCCGCGUUCGCGUCAAGCGCCAACACCGUCGUCGGGACCCCCGACAUUGAGAUGAGCGGCGACGCCUCCGCUCUGGCCACAAUCCAAGCCCCAAGCUCUCCUCUGAUCACGUUGCCAGUGGCAAUCGACCGCGACGCUCAAAUGGGCGAGCCCGCGCCAUUCGCUCCCCAGUUCGGAGCCGGCGACCAACUCGACAACCAAGGUUCCAGCGCCACGCCUGAUCAGUCUUCGGCCGCCUUCCAAGGCGACGACGCGGAUAUGGCCGAGGCCGACGUCUCUACUCAGCAAGACCCAGCCCAAUCGAACGGAGGUGUUGGAUUCGUCCCCCCACCUCCUAUCGGCGGUGCUUACAGCUUCGGCGCCCAGGCACCCGUUGGCGGUGGUUUCCAAUUUGGCACCCAAGCCCCUCCCAGCGGUGGCUUCAACUUCGCCACCCAGGCCCCUGUCGGUGGUGGUUACCAGUUCGGCGCGCAGGAUCUUAACGGCGGUGGUCAGCAGUUCGUCGCCCAGCCUCCCGUCGGCGGUGGUUUUCACUCCGGGCCACAAGCGCCGACCUUUUCGUCGUCAACGCCAGCGAGCACGUACGACAAGGAGGUCUCAAUGUUCGAGUCGAAUGCCGCCACAUCUGGCGGAGCGUCCCAGCCCACGAUCCCACUCGUGGAAGGUAUCUGGAGGCCGGGCCCAGGACAGACCUUUACGGCCGUCCAGCCAACUUACGGCCAAGGCACUCAGCAGAGCGCCUUCCAGUUUAACGCCACUCCGCAGCCCGUUCAACAGUUCGCACCGCCGACGUCCGCCACUCCAGGUCAGUGGCCUUCUGCCGGUGACUGGUCCACUUCGCAGUCCCUUGGGGCUGCGCAGCCCGCACACGACCUUGGUGCUCAGCAGAGCACCUCCCAGUUCAACUCGCACCCGCAGGACGUUGAUCCCUUCGCGCCGGUGCCAAUCGCCCCUGCUCCAAGCCAGUGGCCUCUUCUUGGUGACUGGGCCGCCACCGGCAUUCAACACAGUGCCUCGACCUCAGCCUCCGCCUAUCAGGGUGUGUCUGGGCCGAACACUCAGUUUGCAAGCGAUGUUUCGUUCCCGGCGGCAAUGACGCAGCAGGAGAUCGACGCCGCAAACGUCCUGGCCGGAUUCCGACCGGUGAGGCCCAUGCGCGGGCUCCGCAAGACCGCCCUCAUGCCUUCCCAUACUGCCGGCGAAUUUUACGGUGCGGCAAACAUGCCUGACGCUUUGCCACACAACCCUGGGCCACCUGCCACAUCCGCCCACAACAGCUGGUCGACCAACAACGGUUCGCAGGUCACCAACGGCCAGACCACUUGGCAGGCAAGUGGCUCGUCAUCAGGCCAGGUUACCUCAAGCCCUCCAGAGUUCGUCCCACAACCCCAAUUUGCGCCGGUCGCCACCUCACUCCCCGUUCUCUCGAUGCCGCCUCUAGCGCACAAUGGGCCAACUGAGACUCAGGUCUCGGAAACCCGCACCAUGGUCCCAGGCGCCGUUGCUGUGCCGCUCGCGGCGAUUGGCCAACUCCGCUCAAACCAGUCAACGGUUGUUGAGUCGCUCGCGCCGAUGACAAGUGUCCCGUCCGCGGCUCACCCACGUCAUGUCCCCGACGAACUCAUCGACCCCGCCCUCCGCGAGGACACCAGCGGUGCCAUGAGUGACAUGAUCACGAAGCGCAACAGGGACAACGACGAGGGGGACAACAGCAAGGUUGUCGGUGGCACUGGUCCCCACCCGGACAAGAACUUCAACUCGUCCGGCCCUGGCACAGACGACCCCUACUGUGAGCAGCAGCCUCACCCUGGGCGUAGGACCCCCGACCGCCGCCGUGAUGACGACGACGAAGAGUCGAAGGAGUACCAGGGCUCGUACACCCCUGUCGGCGGGAGCAACACUCCUGUCAACAACGUUUCCUCAAUGCUCGGUCCUGCAGGUGGCCAGUCUCUCACUUUUGGGCACUCUGGUGCGGGUGAUGCUGGUCAUGGCUGCGGCCAGGUCAUUCUCGAUUGGUCUGACACGGAGGAGCCCCACCCAUCGACAACCGACGAUGGCCGCCCAGAUGACGUGCCGCGAUCCGACUACGACCGUGAGGAGAUCUCUCGCUCCGACCGUGAGGAUGAGGACCAGGGUGACUGGGGCAACGGUCAUGCCGACGAUCACCACGCUUCGUCCUCUCGUGACGGCAACCUCGACGGGAACGCCCGUGCGGACAUCGGCUCCAGCACCAGCACUGGACCGGCCGCCACCUCUGCUCCGCGCUACCAGCAUGAGGACGAGUUUGUGUUUCCAGAUGAUCCGUCCCACUCGUUCGACUGCAUCAGCGGCCUUGGGGACGACGACGAGUAUCAGGGCGAUCUCGAGGAGGAGGAGGGUGCCUCCGAGACGGGCACGAGUGAGGAGCACAGCGGCUCCCUCGAUGGCUCGAACGGCGACUCGAACAUGCUCCAGACCCCCACCGACGAGAGCAUGGUUGACGACAGCGAGCGCAACGCCGACGGGUCGGAACCGAUCCCAUUGGAGAAGAAGCGCGGGUUCGACGCCGACGAGGAAGUCGACCCGAUCGUCCUCAAGCGUGUCAAGCCUCUAAGCGCCCGGGAUCAAGAUCAAGCCGCCGACGUGACAGUCUUCACCUCGGCAUCCGCCCAGUAG